AAAAAAAAAAGAAAAAGAAAAAUUAACGAAACGAGACUCCCGCUGGAGGAAGUUGCGCCUGUCGUCGCAUUGUUUUCCCUGAAAAUUUGCGGGGCGAAUUCUAUUCGAAGCAACGAAUUAAACAAUGGCCAAUUUUCGCGGAUUCUACAUACCAUCCUUGGGAGCAACGAUCAACGUUGCCUGGGAAACAUUGAAAGCUAAAUGGCCAGAGAACAGUCCCUGUAUGGAACUUAUUCGCGGUCCAGGUCCAGGUCAACGACAGGCUCCAGGACAAAGUGGACAUGCACAGUUUAAAUCGUUCGACGAAGGUCGCGAUAACACUGAAAUGAUAACUAUGAACGGAGAUCAAGCAUAUCGGGACCAGAAUAACGUAGCCAUCGCCGAGGACUCAUUCAGUUAUCAACGAAACGGGGACAAAAUUAGAACAGGCAGCGUCAGUAGCGGUGAAUUUAGCGAAUACGAUGAAGGUGGCGGCGAAUUUGGUGGCUCGGGAGUAAAAAUUAACGAAUGGCAAGCCGCAUGGAACGUUACAAAUGCUAUACAGGGUAUGUUCAUCGUAUCGUUACCAUUCGCCGUGUUACGAGGCGGUUAUUGGGCCAUUGCCGCGAUGAUUGGUAUAGCUCAUAUCUGUUGUUACACCGGAAAGAUACUCGUUGAAUGUUUGUACGAAUUGGAUACCACGACUGGCCAACGUGUACGUGUGCGAGAUUCGUACGUAGCUAUCGCGAAAGAAUGUUUCGGGCCAACGUGGGGGGCCAGAGCGGUAAACAUCGCUCAAAUUAUCGAAUUGCUUAUGACGUGCAUCUUGUAUGUGGUCGUUUGCGGUGACUUGAUGAUAGGAACGUUCCCCGAAGGCGCAAUCGAUACUAGGAGUUGGAUGAUGUUGAUAGGGAUAUUUUUAUUGCCUCUCGGUUUUCUCAAGUCUCUGCAACACGUGUCGGUGCUUAGCUUUUGGUGUACGAUGUCACACUUGUUCAUAAACGCGAUCAUCGUCGGCUACUGCAUUUUGGAGAUCGGUGAUUGGGGCUGGUCCAAAGUGAAAUGGACGAUCGAUCUGCAGAAUUUCCCGAUAUCCCUUGGCGUGAUCGUAUUCAGCUAUACCUCGCAGAUAUUUUUACCCACGUUGGAGGGCAAUCUGAUCGAUCGGUCCAAGUUCGACUGGAUGUUGAACUGGAGCCAUAUCGCGGCCGCCGCGUUCAAAUCGCUUUUCGGUUGGAUCUGUUUUCUAACUUUCCAAAACGACACGCAGCAGGUGAUCACUAAUAAUUUACACUCGGCUGGUUUUAAGGGGCUGGUGAAUUUCUGUCUGGUCGUAAAGGCCGUGCUCUCUUAUCCAUUGCCGUAUUACGCGGCCUGUGAACUUCUCGAGAGAGCAUUCUUCAGGGGUAGACCGAAGACGAUCUUUCCAACGAUAUGGACGGUAGAUCGCGAGUUGAAAGUCUGGGGUCUAGCGUGGCGAGUCGGCGUGAUCGUUUUCACCAUUCUUAUGGCGAUCUUCAUACCGCACUUCAGUAUUCUCAUGGGAUUCAUAGGCUCGUUUACUGGUACCAUGUUGUCCUUCAUAUGGCCGUGUUAUUUUCAUUUGAAGUUAAAGAGAAACUCCAUGGAAUGGAGCGCUGUCGCGUACGAUUGUUUCGUAAUAUUUCUCGGUAUACUAUUCGGUGUUAUCGGAGUGUAUGAUUCAGGCUCUGCCUUGAUUAAUGCCUUUGAAAUCGGUCUGCCGUUUUGAACGCGUCGUAUAUACGAGUAUUCAGUUUCCACGAUCUCCAUUUGUCUCCCUCGCAGAAAUAGAAAACUUGAAAUACGAAUAAAGUACGUGUAGAUAUACAGACUCAAGGGAACCAUCGAAUUGCAGUUUGCGUCAAUUGAUUUUCAACAGUGAUUCAUAAUCGUCUGUCUGCAAAUAUUGUCACACGCAUGGCAAAAUAUUAUAUCAAGUAUAAAUAUGUAUAAAUCUCCGUAUCGCUUCUUAUCGGCUGCAGUGCAAUCCGCUAAUGCAUUCCCUUGAGAAUACGAAUGUAUUCGAUCAACGUACGGCGUUUAUAUUUUUGCUGAUUUCGAACGUUUUUAACGUUAAUCGUACAAAAUGAUAAAGGGAAAUGAUUCUAGCUAGAUGUCAUCGGUUAGGGAGAUUCUAUAAAAAAAGAAAAAAAAAAAAGA